AUGCCGUUAUUUAUGAGCGGUACAAAAAGUCUAUUCAUUCUGGGCGCCGUAGCCUGUGUCUACGGUCGGCCCCAGAGUCAGGACACGCGGUCCGUCGCGGACCCCAGGUGUCCGGUGUUCGAACACCACUUACUACCGCACGAAACGGACUGCACCAAGUUCUACUACUGCGAGUAUGGCCGGAAGUACAUAGAGGCGCGCAGCUGUGCGCCGGGCACUGCAUUCUCGUAUGCACACCAAUGGUGCGAUUUUCUCAAAAAUGUGCAAUGCACCAUCAGUGCAGAGCCACAGCCUGAAGAAGCGGCAGAAGUGGCAGCGGUGGUCAGUGGAGCUGAUCCAUCAUCGCUGACCAACGGCUGUCCAGCGGGCGCGGUCCACCAUCUGCUGCCGCAUGAGAACGACUGCACCAAGUUCUACAACUGCGAUCAUGGACAGAAACACGAACGGUCGUGCAACCCUGGGCUACAUUUCAACCCUAGGAUUCAGAUCUAA